AUGAAGAGAUAUUUCUCUACGGUAUCGUCCAAGUUUCCACAACCAAGUUCAUCCACUCAAAAUGUUCCUCGUGUGGAAGAAAACUUGAACCAGUUAGAAGAAAAUCAUCAUUCUGCUAAAAAACAAAAGCAAGGAGUAGAUUUGGAUUCUCUACCAGCAGAUCCAAAUAAAAGAAUACCCAUUUUGGACUAUCAUCCAGAUGAACGUGAUGAGAUUAGACGAGCAUAUAUCCAAAGGGGUCCUCAUCAACCUCGACUUCCUAGGUUUCCUCAAACAGAUUUUUACGGAUAUAAACGUCGUUUUAAUCGUAAAUGGUAUAAAAAAUAUCAUGAUUGGUUGGAGUAUAGUGUGAUAGAAGAUGCUGCUUAUUGUUUGUGUUGUUAUUUAUUUAAAGAUGAAAGCAUUCAUCAAGGUGGAGGCGAAGCAUUUUCAAGUAUAGGGUUCAAGAGUUGGCACAAAAAGAAAAGAUUAGAUACGCAUGUUGGUGAGUUGAACAGUGAUCACAACCAAGCAAAGAAGAAGUGUGAAGAUCUAAUGCGACAAGAACAGUCAAUUCAAGUUGUGUUUGUAAAGACGGAUAAUAAAGCUAAGCUUGAGAACAAAAUUCGUUUAAAGGCUUCAAUUGAGGUGGUGAGACUCCUCUUGAAUCAAGGAUUGGCAUUUCGUGGACAUCGUGAAGAUGAAUCAUCAUUAAACAAGGGUAACUUUCUUGAAAUUCUUUCAUGGUAUGCGAAGCGAUGUGAUAAAAUUAGUGAUCUUGUGUUGAAGAAGGCUCCAAAAAACAAUCAGUUGACUUCUCAUAAAAUUCAAAAAGAUAUUAUCACCGCAUGUAAGUUGGAAACAAUUAAAGCUAUUAUGGAGGACCUAAAUGAUGGGGGAUCUGUGGUGGAACGAUUUAUUGGGAUUGUUCAUGUUCGUAAUACUAGUGCUCUAUGUUUAAAAGAAGCAAUUGUUAACUACCUUGCUCAACAUUCUUUGAGUUUAUCUAAUAUACGUGGACAAUGCUAUGAUGGAGCAAGCAAUAUGCAAGGGCGUCUAAGUGGCCUUAAAAUUUUGAUUCAACAGGAAAGUAGAUCAGCUCAUGCGAUUCAUUGUUUUGCUCAUCAACUUCAAUUGACUCUUGUCGGGGUAUCUAAAAAAUGUCUUCCAGUUGGAGAACUUGUAUUGUUGGUUUCUAAUGUCUUAAAUGUAGUAGGAGGUUCUUUUAAACGCAUGGAUGAACUUCGAGAAUCUCAAGCAGAAAAAGUUCAAGAGGCACUAGAUAUGGGCGAGGUUGAAACUGGUAAGGGCUUGAAUCAAGAGCUUGGUCUUGCUAGAGCUGCUGAUACUCGUUGGGGUUCACACUACAAAUCAUUUAAGAACUUCAUUAGUAUGUUUGGCUCUAUUACUGAUGUUCUUGAUACUAUUGUUGUUGAUUCCGAAUGUGUUGAAGAUAGUUGUAAGGCAACAGGAUAUCUUAGAGUUUGUCAAACAUUUGAAAUUGCAUUCAUAUUGCACUUAAUAAGAGAUAUUUUGGUGAUUACAAAUGAGCUUAAUGAAUCCUUACAAAAGAAGGAACAAGAUAUUGCAAAUGCCAUGUUACUUGUUAAAGUGGCGAAGAAACGAUUGCAAGAUCUGAGAGAGGAAGGAUGGGAUCCACUUAUCGAGAAUGUGUCCGCAUUUUGUGUCAAGUAUGAUAUCUUGAUACCUAAUUUUGAUGAGUUCUAUAUUAAUUUUGGAAGAUCUCGACGCAAAGUUGCGGAGCAUACUUUCUCACAUCACUAUCAUGUCGAUAUAUUUUUUAAGAUUAUUGAUUGGCAACUUCAAGAACUCAAUGAUCGUUUUAAUGAGGAGAGAACAGAUUUGCUUAUUGGAGUUGCUAGCUUGAAUCCAGUUGACUCAUUUUCUAGUUAUGACAUCAAUAAAAUAUUGAGAAUGGCUGAAUUAUAUCCUGAUGAUUUUGGUGAAGAUAUAAUGGUUACUCUGAAAAAUCAGCUUGAGACUUAUAUCGUUGAUGUCCGUGAUGUUGAUGAAAGGUUCUCCAACUUGAAAGGUCUUGGUGAUCUUUCUAAAGAGCUAGUUAAGGCAAAGAAACAUUUAAAUUAUCCCUUUGUGUUUCGCCUUGUAAAAUUUGCAUUGCUCCUACCGGUCGCCACCGCUACAGUUGAAAGAGCUUUUUCGGCGAUGAAGUUGAUAAAGAGUGAAUUGCGAAAUCGAAUGGAUGACGACUUCAUGAGCGGUUGUAUGAAUUUGGAAUUCUCUGUAACUUUCUAUAGCUAUCUGUUUGGAAGUGGAGAGCCUGCUAAUAAUUCUCAGGCUACUUGCAACCAGGAAAAGGCUUCAACUAAUGAUCGUGCCCCAAAGCCAGCUGCUUCAACUACAAUGGAGGCAUCCUAUUUGAUGGACAAACAAGGAAGGAAGAAUCUGCUGCUCAUAAGCUUUACUAGAAUGAUUGAUCUAUCAUGA